AUGGCUAAGAGAGAACCUCAACUCCUCAGCGGUCUAACCGAUACUGUCGGCGGCGUUGUUGGAAGUCUCGUCAACGAUGUUAGAGGUCUUCUCGGAUCCAUCGCUGAGGGUAUUCUGAACCCCGACGACAAACGUCCCGAGCCCGGCUAUGAAUUCCAGGCACCUGGUGCUGGUGACAGCCGUGGCCCCUGCCCUGGUCUCAACCUUCUCGCGAACUACGGCUACCUGCCUCGCGACGGUUACGUCAACUAUGGCCAGAUCUUGGAAGCCACUGCACGUGGUUUCAACAUGGGAACCGACCUUGCCACAGUUUUGGCCGUUUUCUCUAUUCUCGCCGAUGGUGACAUCGCUACCGAGUCUUUCUACCUUGGUGCUGGUCCCGGCAACGUUGGUGGCCUCAACCGUCACUCCACCGCCGAAGCUGAUAUUUCGCCCCAUCGUGAGGACUACUACACUGGCUGUGGUGACAACCACCACGUCUCAUCCCGCCUCGUCAAGCAGGGUGUCGACAUCAUUAAGGCUGGCAGCGGCAAGUACGACAUGUCUGCUAUGGCGCAGCAGUACGCCAAGAACGCCGACUUCAGCAAGAAGUACAACCCCUUCCUCUACGCCUUCCCCUUCCCUCAGAUCGUCUCCCUGGGUGCCUUCGCCUUCUACCCUCAGUUCUUCAGCAACGGUACCUACGGUGCUGGAGGUGUUCCCAACUACGAGUCCGUCUCCGCGAUCGUUGGCUGGCAGCUCAAUGAGAAGACUGGCCACUUCGAAUACGUUCCCGAGAGAUGGCCCGAGAACUGGUACCGCCGUAGCUUCCCUUACGGUGCUGUCGAGGCUCUCACCGAUGCCUUCCUCCAGAUCUAUCCCGCCAACAUCGUCGUUCCUGGUGCUUCUCAGCUCCUUACUCCCAACUUCAACGUCACCAAUAUUCUCUGCGACGUCUUCCAGGGUAUCCGCUCCAUCACUCCUCUCGGUCUCGCCGGAGACGAGAAGGAUGCUGGUGAGGCCGCUGACUGGGCUUUGAGCAAGCUCUCGCCCGUCCUCGGCGUUGGUGCCCUUGGCUGUUCUUUGGACACUCUGUCUCCCGACUACGACGGCGACAGCAUCCUCUUCCCCAGCGCCAGCCAGACUGGUGGUCCCAUCAACUCUCCUUCUGCUCAGGCUUCCAAUGCGGGUAACAACGUUUACAACAAGGUGUACUUCACUGCUGCACCCACCAAGCCUGCUUGCAACCACGCUUACUCAUCGUAA